AUGCCAGCAUGCCAGCGAGCUGACACUGAAGCGGACAGUGGCACACCUAGGACUGUUGCAGACCUCGUGCUCGGAACGGACGACGUCACUGUGCUCGAAAAUGCGGAUCUUGGCGAGAACCACCGGAGUGGACGUGACGAGAUGCAAUCACCGGAGAAUUCGUCGUUGCCGAAAGCAUCCGCAGUCGGGACGUCGGUUGAGCUCCGUUCUUUUAUGGGUGGCCGUGUUAUAGCUGAGGUGACUACAUUCCAUGCAGUUUUUGGUGCUCUAGGCGUGCCCAUGAUGCUUGUCUUCGCGCUUUCUGCGCUGUGGACUUUUACCCUGGCUUAUAUCCAAGUGCAUGCAACCGAGAUGGCGAAUUCGAUUAUGAACACGACACAUUUCGACAACGGCGAGUUCUGGUUGCUUCCUCAUCCGGAUGAUGCCAUCGUGAUUUCAUCUGCAGUAGUACUCUCACUGUUUGGAAUUGGCUAUACUGGUUUGAUAGUCAUGAUGCUUUAUCCCCUUCGAUUUAGUCGAAAGGCUGAUACGGUCACUGACACGCCACCGAGCAAUAGCAUCAACGCCGCUAUCGAUACUGAGGUCGGAACUGUUGUUGAACCAACGGUGACGAAAGCCAGCACGUUCCAUUUUGCCAUGAAAUGGCUGAGUCACAAGUGCAAUAUUCCAAAACAUAUUCGAGACAACUACUUGACUGCAGCAUUGGACCUCCCCAAGUUGAUUUUCCAGACAACAACCUUGACGACAUAUCUAAGCCAUGGAUUUCCGACUCCCAUAGUGUACUCAUAUUCCGUUCUUCUUCUGUGCAACUGGCUCGUAGCUUGUUAUCGUUCCCAACGAUACGUGGCUGAUCCCAAUUUGAUCAUUGCUCGUCUCUACUACACAUAUGAUUUGUUUUUCGCAGUCUUUGCACCGCUGGUAGUGCUCAUUUACUUUGUCCUAUCUUUCCAAUUCGACCGUGCUGAGUUCGCCACGAAGGCGGAAACAAUCCAGGGCGGGUCCUACGACACAAUUGCUCGGCUCUUUGGAGACCCGUCACAGAUAUCGAGUUUCUGCAAUGCUUUCCACUAUCUGCAGUUCUCUUCAGGUGACUCUCUCUUCUUCAAGUCUGCACUCAACCUUCUCUCGCUGUAUAAGUGGCGCAAGAUAAUUCUAACGCUAGUUGAUAAUCAUCACGAGCGUCGCCUUGAACGAGAGAGGACAGCUCAAGUGCAGCCACUGCCGGACCAAAGCAAACCUCGGGCUCGAAGUUUUAGAGAGGCGAUUGUCAAGACGAUUGGUGCGACGACGCGGAAGCCGAAGCUGGGAAAGCACUUUAUCCCGAAAUUUCUGCUAUCGUUGGUCUUCUUCGUUGCAGGAACAGCGAUCUUCAUAUAUUCCAUCGGCUCUGUACGAUCCAGUCGCGCGAUAUGCAGUAACUUUGAAAACUGCGUCAUGAUAAGCUAUCAAUGGAGUUUUGGUGUCGAGCACUGCCCGUGUCUAGUUUUCGCAGAUCGACAGACUGCACCUCGAACUUAUGCAGAGUGGACAAACCCCGAAGACACCACUUCGAAAUUAGCAGAGCUUGCAUAUGCUGGUGAGCUGCGUAUUGUGCAGAUUAUCAAUCGCGCUGUGCCGGAGCUGCCGGAGAACUUACGCAAUUGCCACCACCUCGAGCAACUCAUCCUGGUCUACACAAAGACACUGCGGUUACCUGAGUGGAUGUCCGAGUUAUCUCGGCUGGAAUACUUUCAUCUUGAAGGUGACUACACCAGUAAGAGACUCCAAAUUGUACCUGCAGGUAUUUUUGACCACAUGCCUCGCUUAACCUUCAUCCAUUUUGGCGGUAUCCCGGACGUAGAGGAGCUCCCAUCAUUCUCUUCACUGGGAAAACUACGUUACUUGACAUUGGCGAUUGUCAACUCCCUUAAGGAAUUCCCUAGCUUUGAGGGCCUCUCGAAACUCGCCGCUUUGAACAUCGUGGAAGCGACAAGGGCCAAAACGUUGCCUUCACUGUCUCCGCUGGUGAGUCUGGAGUCGCUUGGUCUGCGCUAUCGUACUGGGGUAUGCUGUAACGGAUAUGUCACGGGCAAGUGUGAUACCACCUCGUUUCAAUGCUUGCCGAAAGAUGGAGAAAAAUACCCCAUGACGUGCACCACCGAGCGCGCGUCAGCUGAAGACAAGGCAAUCUUCAAAAUGUACGAUGAAAGUGAAAUAUGUCCGAAUUCAUUUGCAUACGAUUUGGAAUCAGCAGCGCCCACGAAGUACACAUCGGACGAUCUGUGCGGUAGUGUCCUGUUCAAGAACUGUACGUUAGACGGAGUGCAAGGAAUUUGCUACAAUACGCGAAUGAUGGUUAUCAGUUGCGUCACCCAGCCAGCUUACAUCACGAUGCGCAAGCUUCAGAUCGAGCGGAAGGUCGGAAAACCUUGCAAUGUGACAGUGGAAGCUUGGCUUGGGUGCACGUAACAUCCAAUGCCAUGGUAUUCAUCACGAAGCUGAGCAAAUUGUUCAUGAUGAUUUAUUGACCUGUUCAGAUUUAAUAAUCUGUGGGAAGUCGAAUGUAAGGCCUGCCCACACAAGCUAUUUUAUUUGCCUACUACAGUAGGAGUAGGCAGUAAGCCAAACUAACAUAGUUUAUAUAAUUAUUUGCCU